AUGACGAUCGACGCCGACAGGACACGCGAGCGGCCGUACAUCAUCUUCGGCUACGGCUCGCUCAUCUGGAAGCCGCCGCCGCAUGUCGUCGUGCAGAUCCCUGACGUCGACGGCUCCCGCGCCAUGUCUACAGCGCCGGGGUACCUCAAGGGGUACAACCCCGGCCGGGUCGUCACGCUCAUUCACAAGGAAGAGUGGGAUCACUUUUCAGCCUCGGACCCGUUCCCGGAUGAUGACGUCGUAUGGGGUGUCGCGUAUACCAUCGAUCCCGCGUACGAGUCGGAGGUGCGCGACUAUUUGGACUACAGAGAAAAGGACGGGUAUACCCUAGAAGGAGUUGACGUCCACGGCAUCGUCGACGGACACGAGCAUAUCGUGCUUCCCAAGACGUUCUGUUAUGUAGGCCGCCCAGAUAAUCCCUCAUUCAUCGGGUCCCAGCCGAUUGACGAGCUAGCGGAGCGCAUAUGGCAGUCCGUAGGGCCAUCUGGACCCAACAAGGAGUAUUUGUACCAUUUGGCGGACGCUGUUCGACGCCUCGCGCCUGAGGCCCACGAUUCGCACUUGACAGCACUCGAGACCAGAUGCAAAGCGAUGGACGAGCGCGCGAAGGGCGCAAAUAUCGGCAACGACCCAUAA